AUGGCCUCGGAGAGAAGAGCUGGAUUCUGCCCCUGGGGCUUCUCAGUGUUUGCUGGGCCAGAAGGCAGCUGCCAAACCCUCAACCCACCCAUGGCCUUGGGAGCCCGAGGAGGCGGCGAGGAGAGGGGGGCUUCGGCGGGAGGAUUCCCGGGGGCGUCGCCUGCUUCCGCCGCCGCCUCCUUCAGUGAAAGUCCCUUUUGGGUCCAGCUGCCACAGCCACUGCGCUCCAUCAGGCCGGGCGGGGGACACUCCAGGUCUGCGUGGCCCCCGCGCCGCCACGCCCAGUGGCCGCCCGAGCCCUGCGAGCAGGGGGAGGAGCCGCCGCCAGUGGAGGCGGAGGAGGUAGAGGAGGCGGAGACGGCGGAGACGGCGGAGAAGGCGGAGAGGAAGGUGGAGGCGGAGGCGAAGGUGGAGGGGAAGGCAGAGGCGGCGGGGAAGGUGGACGCCACCGAGAAGGUGGAGACAGCGGGGAAGGUGGACGCCGCCGGGAAGGUGGAGACGGCCGAGGGUCCGGGCCGCCGGGCUGAGCUCAAGCUGGAGCCCGAACCCGAGCCGGUACGGGAGGCGGAGCAGGAGCAGGAGCCGAAGGGGGAGCCGAAGCCGGAGCUGGAGGAUGAGAACCCAGCGCGGAGCGGCGGUGGCGGCAGCAGCGACGAGGUUCCUCCCCCCACCCUUCCCUCCGACCCACCGCGGCCCCCCGAUCCCUCUCCGCGUCGCAGUCGUGCCCCGCGCCGCCGACCCCGGCCCCGGCCCCAGACCCGGCUCCGUACCCCGCCGCAGCCUAGGCCACGGCCCCCGCCCCGGCCCCGGCCCCGGCGCGGCCCUGGGGGCGGAUGCCUGGAUGUGGAUUUUGCUGUGGGGCCACCAGGUUGCUCCCACGUGAACAGCUUUAAGGUGGGAGAGAACUGGAGGCAGGAACUGCGGGUCAUCUACCAGUGCUUCGUGUGGUGUGGAACCCCAGAGACCAGGAAAAGCAAAGCAAAGUCGUGCAUCUGCCAUGUGUGUGGCACCCAUUUGAACAGACUCCACUCUUGCCUUUCCUGUGUCUUCUUUGGCUGCUUCACAGAGAAACACAUUCAUGAGCACGCUGAGACAAAACAACACAACUUAGCCGUAGACCUUUAUUAUGGAGGUAUAUACUGCUUUAUGUGUAAGGACUAUGUAUAUGACAAAGACAUUGAGCAAAUUGCCAAAGAAGAGCAAGGAGAAGCUUUGAAAUUACAAGCCUCCACCUCAACAGAGCUUUCUCACCAGCAGUGUUCAGUGCCAGGCAUUGGUGAGAAAUACCCAACCUGGGAAACAACCAAACCGGAAUUGGAACUGCUGGGGCACAACCCACGGAGAAGGAGAAUCACCUCCAGCUUCACCAUCGGUUUAAGAGGACUAAUCAAUCUCGGCAACACGUGCUUUAUGAACUGCAUUGUCCAGGCCCUUACCCACACUCCGAUACUGAGAGAUUUCUUCCUCUCUGACAGGCACCGAUGUGAAAUGCCGAGUCCUGAGUUGUGUCUGGUCUGUGAGAUGUCUUCACUCUUUCGGGAGUUGUAUUCUGGAAACCCAUCUCCUCAUGUUCCCUAUAAGUUACUGCACCUGGUGUGGAUACAUGCUCGCCAUUUAGCAGGGUACAGGCAACAGGAUGCCCACGAGUUCCUCAUUGCAGCGUUAGAUGUCCUGCACAGGCACUGCAAAGGUGAUGAUGUCGGGAAGGCGGCCAACAAUCCCAACCACUGUAACUGCAUCAUAGACCAAAUCUUCACAGGUGGCCUGCAGUCUGAUGUCACCUGUCAAGCCUGCCAUGGCGUUUCCACUACCAUAGACCCAUGCUGGGACAUUAGUUUGGACUUGCCUGGCUCUUGCACCUCCUUCUGGCCCAUGAGCCCAGGGAGGGAGAGCAGUGUGAACGGGGAAAGCCACAUACCAGGAAUCACCACCCUCACAGACUGCUUGCGAAGGUUUACAAGGCCAGAGCACUUAGGAAGCAGUGCCAAAAUCAAAUGUGGUAGUUGCCAAAGCUACCAGGAAUCUACCAAACAGCUCACAAUGAAUAAAUUACCUGUCGUUGCCUGUUUUCAUUUCAAACGGUUUGAACACUCAGCCAAACAGAGGCGCAAGAUCACUACAUACAUUUCCUUUCCUCUGGAGCUGGAUAUGACACCGUUUAUGGCCUCAAGUAAAGAGAGCAGAAUGAAUGGACAGUUGCAGCUGCCAACCAAUAGUGGAAACAACGAGAAUAAGUAUUCCUUGUUUGCCGUGGUUAAUCACCAAGGAACCUUGGAGAGUGGCCACUAUACCAGCUUCAUCCGGCACCACAAGGACCAGUGGUUCAAGUGUGAUGAUGCUGUCAUCACCAAGGCCAGUAUUAAGGAUGUACUGGACAGUGAAGGGUAUUUACUGUUCUAUCACAAACAGGUCCUGGAACAUGAAUCAGAAAAAGUGAAAGAAAUGAAUACGCAAGCCUACUGAAGUGACACACAGACCUACCUGAAAUGGAAGAUGACGACACCCAUACUACAACUGGCAUCAAGAUUUAAAGGACCUACUUGACCAUGGCCUAUGGGCCUGACAGAGUAAGAAUUGAACAGUACCCAGUGUCCAAAAGGUCCUGAUUGGAAGAGAAAUAGAAGGGGAGGGAGAAGAGGCUCUAGUCUAAGCAGUCACUUAAAGGAAAGUUAAAUGGCAGGAAUGCUCUGGGUGGGGAAGGCAGGAGCAGGCAAAUCCUGACACUGGUACAUAUCCUAUAUUCCUCCAAAAGGUUGUGUGGGAAGGUGUGGGGGGGAGGGGGGUGGUGUGGGGGGGUGUGUGCCCUUGUAACCGUAAAACAUCUUUCUCCAUGGGUGUUUCAGCUUCAAUUGACCAAUCACAUAACAGUUCUACGUUUGGGGGGAAAAAAGAAAAGUUUAUAAAAAUGUAGCCCAUUGCAUAUAUGGGUAUGAAAGCAGGAAAGCGGAGGAGGCAGGGAUAUCUCAUUGACAAACACCUUUGCCAGUUUCUUUGUAUUUGUGAUUUUUUGUGCUAUUAAAUGCAGUAUUAAAAAAAGAAAAGCCUACAUGGGCUAGGGAAAGGAGAAGAAAUAAGGGGGCUUGUAUAAGGGGAGCAAUCGCUCCAAAAGUAGAGAAGACAAGAAAUGCUGUAAGAUAAGCAACCGACGCAGGCCUCAGCUGAGAGUAUAGUGUGUGAGUGUUAAAAAAAAAAAAGCUGUGUGAUAUACUUGAGCAAAUCAAUGAACCUCUUUGCGAUUGUUUUAUCAUCUGUAAAAUGCAGAUAAUUCCUACCUUAAAGGUUUUAUUGUUAAAGAUUAAAUGGUAUAAAAUGUGUCAAAGUAUAAAGUAAAAGGCUUGGAACUUUGGAGGGA